CUCUCACGACGCCUAAUGGUUUUGGAAUGUGUUCUACAGAGGCAGGUAUAGAGGCAGGACAAAUGGCGUCGAGAUUCCAAGUGAAGCCGAGGGAAUGUUUCCUCAUCGUCUGCCUCGUGGGACUCUUCACCCAGACUUUGAGUUGCUUCAUCACCAACUGCCCGCCGGGGAAACGGUCUGGGGCGAAAUCCGAGGUCUUCUUCGAUCGACAGUGUGCAGCCUGCGGUCCCGGUGGGGCCGGGAGGUGUUUCGGCCCGAAAAUCUGCUGCGGUCCGUCGAUCGGCUGCCUCAUGAGUCACCCUACCAUCAAGAACUGCGAAAUGGAGGCGAAAUACCCCGUCCUCUGCGACAACAAGUCCAAGCCCUGCGGAGAAGGGAAUCAGGGUCGCUGCGCUGCGAACGGCGUCUGCUGCCAACCAUUUGGAUGCAACAUGGACUCGAGAUGCACCGAGGAGAGGACGCUGGAAGAAUUAGAAGACGAGUACGAGUACGAGGAGAACGGAGCGCCUCAAUACGCAGACAAAUCUUGGAAAAGAUGGUGAAAAGCGGGGGAAGACCUUGAAACUCGACACCGUGCGCUUAGGCCUUCCAUCUUCUCUUGAAUGUAGCCCCAAUCUGUUCCCGUCUCUUAAUCGUCGUCUUGUUUCUCAUCGGGUACUCCAUCGUGGCUUGGCGAGAACUCCUCUUCGGCGAGGUGCCGGUCGCACCUCCAAAUGUGUCAGUACUGCAUCCCCCUCAGAUGUUCUCAUUCUUCCUCAAGUGUUCCCAUAUUACUUAAGCCUUGGGUCAUAAAAAGAGGUCGUGUAUAUAA